GGGAGAGGUAAUUUGUUGUCAUAGUUUCCUUCCAUCUUUUCUCAUGGUUCUAUACCUACAACUGAAAUGUUGCUGUGGAGAUAAACCAACGAUAUAAAGUGCAUACAAGUCCAUCACCUUUCACUGUGAUGCCUUUAGGCAGCUGAAUGUUCCUGAAGACAACUGGCUGAUAUUGUAAAAGUAAGUUUGUAAAUGGAUCGGAAUCCAUAAGAAAGGAUUUAUCUGUUUAAUAACACUGUUUAGUCACGGGGGCCCUUCGAGGCCCUAUAAUGCACAGUUACUUUCUGUGUGUGUGUGUGUGUGUGUGUGUUGUCACUUCAGGGACCCUUAAUGCACAUCUGCCUCCCCUUAUCCCACCAAAUGGACGUGGGCUACCAGCAUAUUAAGAGCCGUUCUUCCUCCCGUGGUGGCCUAAUAACGCCACUGUCACUCUCCCUGGUCCCAACAAGUGCUUACCAGUCCCCUGACCCACUGACCAUUCAUCUGCCCCAUCUCCUGAGGCUCAGGAAGCGGUGGGCGUGUGUCGGCAUAUAAGGCCAGCUAUAUGCACCCAUCAUCCAUGUCAGGGCAGCUGGGCUCCAGAAGAACGAGACAGAGACAGACCAAGAGCAUCUCGCCUAAAGACUUGCGCCAGCAUCCCGAAGAUAAGAGCAGAAAAGAACAGUGGUACCAUCAGGUGUGAGCUCCAUCCUCCGUCCGUCUUCCAUCCAUCCAACGUCCUCACCACCCGCCCAGAGAACAGAAGCAUGAACGUGGACACAGUGCUGUGGGUGGUCCUGGUAGGUCUGAUCCUAGCCAUGGCUGGGGUGGGUCAGUGUUUGCAGGAGGAGAGGGGUGUGGAGAACAACAAUCUGCCGGGGGAAUCAGGAGAGGUGCUGUCACUGGAGGGUGAGCACGUGGAAGGGUUUAACGAGUUGGACGAUCGUCUCCUAGCCGCUGUGAUUCACUCUCUGCUCCAGAGAAACAUCCGGAACCCUUCAGUUCUCCACCAGCCUCAGAGGUUUGGUCGUGACAGCAGAGGAGACUUGAUGAUGGGGGACAGGAUACAGUCCAGAGACUGGGAGCAGGCUCCAGGACACAUCUGGGGCAUGGCUGUGCCGCAGAGAUUUGGCAAGAAAUAGGCUUUGGUUGAGACUCAACAUCUCACUCACAUCUCUGCUGGAAAUAAAGAAUUUGGUUCAACACCCAGCAAAUAUAGUCUGAAAGUAAAAUAUGGACUCAUACAUUAACCAGUACAUAAAUGUUCUCUCUCCCUAACCUGCUGAGUUCCAUUCCAUUAAGCUGUAUAGAACUAAGAGAUCUUGGAACCUAGUAAAUAUCCACCACUUCUCUCAGAUUUUAGCAGUGCUGAUUGGUGCAUAUUCGAAAUCUGGGAGAAAGUUGAAAACCAGAGUAGGUGCGCUUGAUUCAUAACGCCACACAUUCGGGCGAACUGAAUCAAGUGCACCUAAAGUUAGAGCUGCUGUAAAUUGGCAGCGUACUUUUGAUUGUUGCUCUGCCAUUCUCUGUUUAACCAAUAAAGGCUUCUGACUUGAAA